UUAGCCGCAACAGUCGUACACUUACGAAUUGAAACUAUGAAGAUACCUCAGUAUUUGUGUAGUGCUUGCUUCGCCUUGACGAGAGACAUUUGUUUAUUUAUUUAGAAGGAUAGCGUGGCUUUUUUAAAAUAUCUUUUUUUUUCGUAAUUUAUGCUGCUUGUGUUUUGAAAUCGGGACCCUGAACUAAUUGAAUAUAUCAACACAACGUUAAUAAUGCUUCCGUCGUAAAGGCGUAUCCUACGCAUCAUCACGAACAACAAGAUCCCAUAGCGGCAUAAUGGUCCAGCGAAUACUAUCAGUACAGUCCACUCAAAUCAAAAAGGAGGAUGCCUUGGCGAAUUUGAUCGGACAAUUCGGCAAAUGGCAGUUGAUAGUGAUAGCGACGGUAUCGCUGGUGAAGCUGUCGUCAGGAUGGGUGCAAAUGGCGAUCAUAUUCCUGACCCCGAACCUGGUGUUCUGGUGCGCGCAGUUCGCGGGCAACUCGACGGCAGUGGGCGCGAACAUGACGUGCUACGCCGACUGCGCGACGUACGCGUACGACAGCGCGCCCUUCGAGAACACCAUCAUCACGCAGUGGGGGCUGGUGUGCGAGCGCACGUGGAUGGCGAGCUUCGCGCAGAUGGUGCUGCAGCUGGGCGUCUUGAUCGGCAGCGUCUUGUUCGGAUUCCUCUCCGACAGAUACGGCAGAAAGAACACAUUUCUAGUAUCAAUCACCGCUGUCAUAGCAACCGGAUUCGCCGUCUCGUUCCCUAAAGACUACAUCACCUUCACAGUCCUCAGAUUCUUCUUAGGAGUAGCAACUGCUGGAACUAUGGUCAUCUCUUUCGUCAUGGUUAUGGAAACGGUUGGGACGAAGUACAGAGAGUUAUGUGGUUGUCUCUUUCAAAUCCCGUUUAUGAUUGGGCAUAUAACGACACCGAUUUUCGCGUAUUACUAUAGAAGUUGGAAUACGUACAGCCUGGCUAUGGCGGUGCCCCCGUUGAUAUAUUUGGGCUACUUCUUCGUGCUGUCGGAGUCCCCGCGGUGGUUGGUGAGCGUGGGAAGAGUCGAGCAGGCGACCAAGAUUGUGACCAGAGCUGCGACCAUGAAUGGUCUACCCACUUCAAAAAUCGAGGAAACGUUAAAGAAGAUGUCUGAAGACAUAAAAGACAUAACCACUGCGGCGAAGUUGAACUACAGCGAUCUAUUCAAAGUUGACCUGCUCCUCAAAACUGUGGCUUCUUGCAUUAUUUGGAUGAUCUCCGGGUUCACGUACUUUGGCUUUAAUCAGUACGUUAGCCAGACCAGUUCGGAUCCUUUUCUCAUUGUGGCAAUUGUUGGGUCAAUCCAGAUACCAGCAAUUCUGAUUUCAGUAUGGCUACUGAAACAUAUUGGACGCAAAGCCGCGGUCGUCACAUUUUUGGCUUUAGGCGGCCUUUGCGUCCUUACUUUAGGAGUGGUACCUGACACAUUCUGGAUCACUCUAACAUUAGGAUGCAUUGGAGUCAGUUGCGUAUCCAUAGUGUGUACUUGCAUCUACAUUUAUACGUCAGAACUAUUUCCUACAGUUGUGAGGAACAUGGGCAUGGGAGCAUGUUCGACGAGCAUGCGCGUCGGAUCCAUGAUAGCGCCGUUCGUGGCGGAUCUGUCCAAGACGGUGCCGUGGAUGCCGACUGUCAUCUUUGGCCUGGCGCCGCUCGCGGGUGCGCUGGUCUGUCUGUUGCUGCCAGAGACUAAGGGCACAGCGUUGCCUGAUAGUAUGAAAGACCUUAAAGAUAGUGCGUAAUUUUGACAAAUGGGAGCUUAUCGUUGAUUAAUUUCCAGUUGCAUUAGAUUGGAAAAGUGCGUACUAGUAAGUACAGUGAAUGUAAAAUCAUAGCGUUGUGCGACAGUGCAAUGUAUCUACAUUAAUGCAAUUAAACCUAUAAAGCAAUAUAUCACUAGGACACCAAGGCGACGCCAGCGGUCGCGCUACCCUCGUGCCUUGAGCUUACAAACGAGAAACUAGAACAGACACCAGGAUCAUCAGUUUCAAAAUAAACGUCGAAGAUUUAACACUACUUUUAGUAUGACGUAAAAAAAGUUAAAUAAAAAUACUAUACUAUUCUAUUUUCUGACCAAAGAAACCUGACCGCCGCAAAUUGGUUGCGUAACCAAGCGUACACUACGUGAGGUACCCUCCAGUACACAAUUUGUCGGUCGCGUGAUUGGUUGCGUCACCAGUAGAAUCCUAGAGAGAUAAGGUGUUGCUCUAAGUGUAAGUAAUGAUUAAUACACUGGCUUGCACGUCAUUGACUUGGAUAUUAUGUAGGUACAAACACAACAGCUGAAUGACUUUAGGUAGGUACGUAAGAAAUUGUGAAUAUGCCUGUCAAGAUGCUACAGGAUAUUGUGAUUAAUAAGUUUAAGAUUUCGAUAAGUAAUUCUAUUGAUGUAUCUAACGCUCCAUCUAUACGCUCCGUCUUGCCUGCGCAGUUAAAAUUGCACAGCCAAGACCAAGAACUGCGCAGUCCAAUCUUUAGCAGUUUUGGAAUUGCACGGUCUUGCCGUCAACACUUAACUGCCCAAAGUGGCUUGUGCAGGUAAGCUCUCAGCUGAGACGGAGCGUGUAGCCGGAGCUUAAGGCUAAUUUUCAAAACAAACACCUAAUUAUUAGCUAUCAUCUUAAUAUUACGAGCUAUAAAAGACAGAGUGGAGAGAACUGUGAAUCUGUCUUCUAAUUAUAUUCAUAAGGCUUAACGUAUAUUGGAGUAGAUAAACAGAGUUCAAAUUAAUUUUGUAAUCAUUUUAGCGAUACUUAAUAGGAAAGACGCGGAGCUGCGCUUCAACUUGCCACAAUGUGCCUCGAGCCUAAGAAUUAUUACUAGGAUACUUACUGUAUUAUUAAAAUAAUAUUUAGGAUAAGUUUUUGUGCUAAUAAUAAUAGUUUAAUGACUUUGAUAUUAAACGAUACAACAAUGA